AUGAAUGAAAAAUUAAAGCGCCAUCAUCAUUUACAUAAUUUUAAUAAAAGUGGUGGUUUUAAUGAUUCAAAUUAUGUAACAACAACAACACCAACAACUCAAACUCAAACAGCAACAGGUAUUUACAAACCAUGUAAUCAAUCACCAAAUUUCACAUAUCCAUUACCAUCGGGUUCAAAUUCAAAAAAUCAAAAUCAAAUUCCAAGAGAUCAACAACAAGCUCAACAUUUUCAAGAUUUAUUUAAUUCUUCAAUUGGUGUAGAUGUCUAUGAUUUUUUAAAUCCAAGAAAAUCACCCAAUAUGACAUAUAAAGAAAAGAUAAAUAAUUGGUUAAAUACUAUUCCAUUUAAUUUUGAUAAAUAUAAUGAAUUUAAAAUUGAUUGUUAUCCAGGUACUGCUAAUUCAAGUAAUGAUUAUGAUUCAAAUUCAAAUUCUGACUCUGAAAUUGAUUUAGGUGAUAUUGAUGAUUUAUUAGAAUUACAAGCUCAAAAAGUGACUAAGUAUGUUACAAGAUUAUAUGUAAUUGAAGAUAAUUUAAAAGAAGAAGAAGUUAUAGUUGUUGAAAGUGAAAGUGAAGAAGAACAAGAAGAACAAGAAUCAAGUGAUGAUGUUGAGGAAGCAGAAGAAGUUAGAGAUGGUGAAGUUAUUGAUGUAGAUGAAGUUGGCAAAAAUUAUCAUUAUAAAAUGCAUCGUAGAAUUUAA